AUGCUCUAUGCAGAAAAUGAAGAGAAAGCCAUCAACAAUGCUAUCACAGAGCACUGGAGGCGCGAAAAGGAAUCAUGGAAAGCGAGACAGAGGCAGGAGACUGAAACUGCCUUGUCCAAGGCGCGCCCAUGGGUGAGACGUCUGUGGGAGGAGGACAAAGGGGAGAAGGUUUGGGGGUAUGGCAUGUUCAUCGAUCCAAAGGCGUUCGCCAACGGCGAAGAAGCCGAUAGGUACAUGGCUCGGAGAGAUGGCGUUCUAUUCCACGCUCGCGACGCGGUUGGGGCGGGAAGCAGUGCCAUCAAUAACAAGUGGAAAUUGCAGAAGCUUGAGUGGCCUACCAGUGAUGCUGCAGGUGGCGGCAAGGAGAUGAGCGCCAGACAAGCUGUUGGUCGAGGCGACGCAGAAGAGGAUACUAGUGAGCUGACUAUUGACGAGGACCAGAGAGGUGGAAGAGAGGACGAAGAGAGACUCGCCAGCUUCCGCAUCUUGCGUACAAGGUUCAAGUCCAUCCGAGACAGAGGCACAAGGAGUCAAACACAAGAAGGCAUCGUCUCUGGCGCACCUGUGUAUUCAGAAACCAGUGCUCUAGAAGGCGGCAUUAUACGAAAUGUCUUUCUGAUGGUAGACAAGCCAAGCGUCAAAUCGGUCCUUGGUGCACAUAGGCUCGUCGACGACAUGUGGGUUUGGGCUGUUGACCCUGACCACGACGAUGCGGACAAGACACUUACUACAAAUGAUGAACCACGGCAAUCAGAGACGCCCGGAAUAUACAGAGGAUUCAUGCGUGUACGGCUGCAACAGCUUGUCAAUAACUUCUAUGACGUGCGACGCUUUCACCAGAGAGAGUACGCAAUGAAGAAACUCUGGGAAGCCGCUCAGAAGAGCAAGCAUCAAGCCUUUGUUUCAAUUCAUGAUGUUGAGGCCCGGAGUUGGAGUAUUGAUCGGUUCGUGGGGAGUGCCAUGAGAGCGCAGCCACCGCGGAUUGUAUACGGACCUAUACCAACGACUUCUGCCGAAAAGUUGGUUCACAAAUAG